AUGGACGACGACCCGAACCUCUUCGUCUGGCGCAGUUAUCUCCCUGCCGAGUUGUGCGAUUCGCAGAGCGGCCCUACUCCCCAGUCGCAGUUCCCUGCCUAUCUCCCACCACCAGCCUUCCAGGUUUCGAACACCCUCGCGUCCACUGGCACCCAGUACCCGACUCACGGACUUCUGGCCUCGCCCGCUGGCGGUCAAACUGGCCUACCGAGCCAACGUACUCCUAAGAACGCCACAACGAACCGGGUCCCAAAGAGUUCAUUAAAACAGAACGGGGCUUCGUCGCGCUCCCGGCCGCCGUCGCGAUCUGGGAACUACCUGGAAGAAAUCGCUAAGGCCCGCAGCCUCCGCAAGGCUAAAAGCCAGACCUUCCACCGCUCUGGUGGACAAGACCGCAUCCGAAAUGAUCUGAUCAACUUCGCCAAGUCCCUAUCUCUCGAGCAGUACGAUCGAAUGGGUUUUGGCCAUGACUUCCACACUGCCUUCUGGAACGCCUUCAUUCAGCAAAAUGUGUACGCGGCGCCACUUCAAGAGAGCCAACACAUCCUCCACACACACAAGACGGCGCUUGAAAAGGCCAGCCUUCGCUUUGCUGGGGGUUAUCAGAUCUCGAAACAAAAGGACGAGAAGAUGCGGACAGCGUUCGAGAAAUUUUUGAACACCUAUCCAUGGGGUGACCGGGUCGUCCGGAAGUCGGAUGUGCAAGUUGCGUUUGAGAAGUCACCAGAAGGCCUGCCGUUCCAAGUGCUUCUGAAGCGUACGCCGACGGGAGGCAUCAGUCCGUAUUGGACACAUUUUUUCAAGCGUUUCGCUUACCGCUGGGUGGACGCGCACCCACGUCUCCUCCACACCGACACGUUGGAAAACGUGGAGAAGACGCCGCGCCGGCGGCGUACGUCGGCCACGCCCCGGCCGGUUGGGCGCCAGGCCUCUCUUCCUCCCGUUGAGCACCUCAAUCUUGGUACCACCACAGCAAAGCAUGUGCAGACGACCAUCACUGGGCAGUCGAUUGUCACGAAGGACGGGACGUUAUACAUGUCCCAGCAGAACGCUACCCACCAGCAUUCUGCUCUGCGUACAGAAGUGCACCAGGACCAGGGCGGAUACAGGUAUCAAGCCGCAGGGUCUACUGCCUGCGGCCCUGCUCACUACCCAGCUGGUAUGCCGAUGGGAGUCGUUGCAGGGUCUGCACCACCAAUGCCAUCGGGCUCCACUUCGCGAACUCCCUCCCCGGAGGACCUCCCGAUGCCCCCAGGGUGGGACUCCCCCAUGGUACCGCCCGUCGCCCUGCCUGUUGAACCCACCCUCGAUGAUCUAACCCUGAAUUGGAAAGACUUGACGUCCGAACAGAUCGCCGCGCAGCUCGAAGCGCUCUGUGGCCUGGCUCCUCCGCAGCAAACACACCCGCUCCCGGUUUCUGGCAGCUUCACCGACUAUCCGCUCCCCAGGCCCGAGCAGGAGGCCACCACGUCGCACACGCUUUAUCAUCAAGCUGUUCCGGUGCCCCUCCCUCAGGGGAACCAUGCUGUCUAUGACAACUCUCAGAUCGCGUCGUUCCACAACCCUGACGUCUCGUUCACACACCUACCCGCCUCGGGAAGUCUUCCGAAAGAGUUUGGCUCCUCGCUGGUCACCCAACAGAGCAACACCAACAUCGGGCCGUUGGUCUUCCAUAACGGCUACUGGUGCCAGGUGGGGCAGCCGGUUUACGUCCACGCACCCAUUGAGCAGCCUCGUCCGGUCAUCCAGAAUUUCAUCGACCCCACCAAGCUUCACGUAGGGUUCCGUCCCGCUCAGCAUCAUGAGGAGGAGGGAAGCGGCAGCGGCAGCAGUAGCGAAGACUACCGUUCGUUUUUCUGA